UAAGGCUGAGUCCUAUUUUCGGGAGAGAGUCUACGGUACGAAUGUUGUUGCAAGGCGGAUAAGGUCAAAUUAAACGUUUGUUUUUUACUGUUAAGUAAAUACGGUGUCAUGUGAAGACGAGUUGUUUAGGAUUAGUGAGAUUAUGGCUCAUAGUCGACAAAUCGGAACUGUGCCUAAGGCAGCGUAAGCAUAGAUUCGCUUGAUAUCACCCGACCAAGUUUACAAUAACUUCUAUUUGCGAGUAAACAAAGCGAACUACAGCUGACUGCAUGGCCGGAGGAUCCCAGGCCACGGCUCGGUAACAAAGAGAGUAUUGUAAGUUUGAGGGAGACGCGGAUGACGAAGAGAAGUCUGUCGGUUACGUAAUGCUCGUUACCCACCGCAGCAAAGUCGUUGAUGAGAUAAACUGGCACGGAGUAGUAGCUUGCUCGUGCAGUGGAUCUUGGAUUGAGGUUCGGGAUGGGUGAUUCGUGACUGAAUACGACAAGUUUGACUCCAAUACGUGUCGAUAAACCCUUAUCGUGAGGACUAUAUAUGGUUAGGAAACGGGUAUAUAAAGCGACUUUAGCGUUAAAUUCAGUUGUUUGUAACUAUUUGCUGUUGCAUACGCAGUUUUAGAUGCAAUUUAGUAGGCAUUGCGAUGGCUGAUAUAAUGAACCGAAACCUCUGCGAUUUGGACGAAGAGGAAGACGAUCGAUUCGCGGGACAUAUGAUGGCGAGUUCGAUCGACCUGCUGACAAAGAUAAACGAUGAAUUUCUUACGUGCCAGAUCUGCUUCGAGACCUAUACCAGACCGAAAAGUCUGAAUUGCCAGCACACAUUUUGCUUAAAAUGCUUAGAAGAGUACACGCCGCCCAACAGCGUCAGAGUGAUAUGCCCGACUUGCAGGAGUGAACAACCGCUCACAGCAGAUGGGAUCAACGGCUUAAAGGACAAUUUCUUUAUCUCUAGCAUGUCCGACAUGCUGAAGACGGUCAAAGAGAUUCGCAGCGAGGACAAGGAUGGGACUUCUCUUAUGUGUGACACAUGCGACCAUGACAAUAGGAAAGUGGCCAUCGCUCGCUGCCUCGAUUGCACCGAUUUUCUAUGCAACGAAUGCUCGACGUGGCACAUACGUACAAAGCUCACAAGACGACAUAAGAUCGUCUCUCUAUCAGAGUUUGAGUCCGGCAUCCACAACCAAGAGCUCAAAAGCAGAGCCAAGAUUUACUGCAUGAUUCAUGACGGGGAAGCAGCAAAGAUAUAUUGCCAGUCCUGUCAAUGCCCGAUUUGCCAUGAGUGCGUGGAGAGCGGGCACUCACGGCAUCGCCGGUGCUCGUUGAAAGAAGAAGUUCUCAAUCAAAGUCACCAGAUCGAAAACCUCCUUAAAACUGCAAAGGAGAAGACAGACGUGCUUCGAACUCUACAAAGAACGCUGAAAGACAUCAAACAGACUAAGAAACUUGAUCGAGACAAAGCCGAAUCCGAGAUAGAGAGAAUAUGCGAGAUCUUCAUCAACACAAUACACAGGCGCAAGCAAGAACUGACAGACGAGCUGCAUAACAUGCACGCUACCGAGGUAAAGAGAAUCAACGCCGACGAAGACUCCGUUGAAAUGCAACUCAGCUCUCUCGUUUCCUGCACCGAAUUCUCACGCAAGGUUUUGGAGUACGGUACACCCAAAGAGGUUCUUGGCCUCAACAACCAAAUGACGCAAAUCUUGCACCAGUUACUGGAAACUCAUCCGGCUGCUACGUAUCAUAAUACUAACCAAACCGAUAACAUACAAUUCGACACCAACGCAGAUGCCAGUGUGAGGGUGAUACGGGAUAAUUUAGGAAGACUCAUCAUACAAAAAGCCACAUUUGACGAGGUUGUCAACAAGGUGUUAAAGCAACUGGAUUCGUUCUGCGUGGCGGAUAACCACAGCAUGGUACGUCGGAAUGGAAAGACUUUGAUACAGAGGGCGGAAUCGACGGAAACCAAGCUCGUUGUACAGCUUGGGAAGCAAGGGAUUGCUGAUGGCGAGUUUGAGUCUACCCCGAAUCUGGCGAUCAACUCAGUGAACGAAGUUAUUACUGCUGAUUAUGAUGGAGCGAAAAUCCAGAUAUUUGACCCGCAAGGAAAUUUUAAAGAUUCGUUCGUCACCGAGGUAAACAAACGGAUGUGUAAGCCAGCUGGGAUUGCCAUCCUCGAUAAUGAUGACAUAGUGGUAUGCUGCGAAGACCAGGUACAUAUUUGGACACACGAGGGGAAAAGCGUUCUUGGCUUCGGAAAAGGUCAAUUCGGCAAUUGCUCUAGCAUUGCCGUCAACAGCGAGAACCGCAUCGUAGUGGCAGACGUGGGCAAGCACUGUAUUUCGGUAUUCACGGAUACUGGAAAAAUGCUUCUACAAUUCGGGGCACAGGGCAAAGGCGAAAGCAAGCUCGUGGAGCCGCGUUACGUCGCGUGCGAUUCACAAAAUAACAUCAUCGUAUCGGACGGUGGAGAUUGUAGCGUAAAGAAGUUUUCUUCUCAGGGCGAAUUUUUGCUGAGUUUUGGAGCCGAAGGACCUGAACGUGGACAGUUUCAAGGACCUCGCGGUCUUUGCACAGACGAGCAUGAUAAUAUUUUAGUGGCGGAUUGCUGGAACCAUAGAGUGGAUAUAUUCACACCGGAUGGCUGUUUUAUGCGCCAUAUAGCAACCGGCGCUGACAGUCUACACUUCCCAUGGUGCAUUUCUUUGACAACAAACGGUAAACUGGUGCUGUCAGAAGACUACAGUUGGUCGGUGAAAAUAUUCGAGUUACCAGAAUAUCGUCACGACUCCUCUAUCUCAUCUAUGGAUGAGAUUAUAUCACCAACGACACUAAUACCUGACUUCGACCAGUUAGCUGGACAAUUUGACCUGCCCAACCUGCUCAGUAAUAAAGUGUCCUGGUGGCUAACAUCGCCAAACGCACAAGACCCAGAACAUGCAGUGAACGGACUGACGAACGGCAACAUUCAUAAUACAAUAGCGACAUCUAGCAUCACGCGUAAACCGAGUAAAACUUUGGCGAGCAAGAAAUCUUCGUCGAGCGACAGCGACCUAACGGCAAUGACGCCUUUAUCCCCAAUCGCGCCGCCUUCUACACCGUCGCUUACUGGGCAGCAAGCACUGGAUGCUGUACUUAAUGGGACAAAUGGUGGAAGCAACGGUAGCUUAAGCAGUACUGGUAGUGGAAAGAUACAUUACCAAGGAAAAGUUACGAGUCUUAACGACCACGUACCUGUUACCAUGGUUAACGGAACCUGAACGGACGGUUUAAGUUUGGGGUAAGCAGCAGGUACGGGACUGCGCGUAGUACGUGGCGAUCGUAGUCCAAGGGGUUGGAAAGAAGACAAUUUUGCGAAGUGUGUUUGUUUACAACUUUGAGGGAGUUUUUGCGUGUAUUAGCCUCGCUACGUCGUUUUGUGUACGAUGUAUAUGUUUAAUUUCAUGUAUUCUGACGAUUUGUGUUACGCCUUUCUGCAUGCAUACCUUAAGCCGUUAAAUGUUGAUCGGCGGUUUUGUACAUUUUUGUCUUUUGGAUUUAACAAACUGUAUCUUGUGUUGCAUUUCUCGCCAAAAUGAAUUUAACAAUAAAUCUGUAAGUACCUAAAUAA